CCAAUAACUUCUCGAUAAAUUUCGGAACGAAACCUCUAAAUUCUCAGUACUAAGUAAACUCUAAAUAAUUCUUCAACAAAGAUGAACAGAAACGAUAAAUGUUGGUUCCAAUGUCACGCGAGUAGUCCCCCCAUUACCUCGACCUGCCAGAACGAUCAGCUUCAAACGAGUCAGAAUAACUUUUUCCAAAACCAACAACAAACACCGCAAUCCUGUAAUCAAACCCUCCAGCCCCCGCUAUUUGGCAUCAUGACCGGAACCCAACCAAGUUGUCUCCAGUCCCAGCCACAAUGCCAGUCAGAUGCCUUCUCAAACCCUCAAAGAUCCAAUCUCUUGACCUCGAACGCUUACCAACAGCCCAAUCAAGGCCAACCCUCUCAAAUGCAUCCCCAGUUGUCGCCCGCACUCCUCGAGCAAAUCCGAACCUUCCUGGCUCCAUCAUCAGGUCCAAUCUUCAUCCUGCCCACGACAUCUCCAACCUCCCAACCAUACCCACCAGCUCUCCCGUCUCCUGAUUGCCCUGGAGUAAGAUCUCCCUGUGGACAGUCCCAGUUGUACCAACCGCCCCCAUACUACCCGUACCCCAUGCCGAUGCCAAUCCUGAGUCCCUUCGUGCUGCCCAACACCCCCCAGAAGUUAAUAUCUGACCCUGCCAAUUGCUCCUGCUGCUCUAAGAAAUCCUCCGAUCAUGCCAAGACCGUUAGCCAACAAAUUGAAUCUGACCAGCAUUUUUGCAGCGAAACAGAUGAUGACACAGUCUGCUCGAAACGUAACUGUCCAUCAGCGAUAAAUCUACAGGCACUAACAGCGCAGCUACUAGCCGUGCCAGGAGUCAUCUCUUGUGCAGCUACCAGAAUGAUUCUGAGGAAAAUUUCAGGGUCAAACGUUAGUAAUCCCAUUGAAGAGAUCAUGGAGAGAAGUCAGAAUGCUUUGAACAGUUUAGCUCAAGAGCAAUUAUUAACUGAAUCUCGAAAUGCUCAACAAGUCGGUGCUCUGAUAAAUCUCCACAUGACUGCCAAUCCUCCAGCUAAUAUUGUGCCAAUUUUAACAGCGACUCAAUUGAAAGUUAAUGUUCUGAAAGGACACGCCGAUAGUUUAAUAACUCGUCGACUGAGUGAUCAGGGAAUAGGGGCCGACGGUAGUGAACAAUUCGAUGUAAUGAUCCUAGGUAUGAAGUCUGACGAAGAACUGCGUCAGCUCUUGGUAACUCUCAGACAGAAGGAAUGCGAUGAGAGAGUAAAUUUGAGUUUUGCUCCUUAUCGCUCACAGCGGAUAAUUGCUGAAACUCGGUUGAGGAAUGUUGAGAGUAAAAUACGACAAGUUGAGAAGGUAAUGGAGAAGCGUCGGUUUACAGUGAUACCACGUGACAGUAGACAUGUAGAUUUCGAUGGUAGUGGUGGAUGGCACGCGUAUCCUGGUAGUCUGUCGGCUCCUAGUCCUUUUGGACGUGAAACCACAAUGCAACCACAGACGUACGACUCCCCGGAUCCCUUUCACAUCGAAGUUCGUAGCCCGAGGAGACUGAAUCUCAAACCGCACGUUGGUAGCCCAGAAACCACGUACGAACGUGAAUUGGAACAGUCUAAGGAGAUAACUUUUGGAAUCAAAUCAGAGAAUGACGAGCGGAGUAAUGAUCGAAGACGUCAUAUCAAUCAAGAGAUCGUGGAUGUUAAGGUGAAAGAGGAGGACAAAAAUCCUCAGGAUUGUGGGGAAGACGGUGACAUCUCAUUCGUCACAACCUUAUCAGUAGCUCUAGUGCAAACCCCUGAAAAAGAUACAGUGAAUGAGGAAAAUGAAAUAUCUCUUUGUCAUGCUUCUAACAAGAAUCCUAGUGCAGGAAAUCCGUAUGCCAGUGAAAAGGAUGAAGGAACCGAGAAUCGUAUUACGGAGGAAAAAAAGUGAGUCUAACAUCAUGUUGAUCCAGACGGAAUAUUUUCCGUGGAGAUGGGUAUGAAAAGACCAUUGAUGGAGAACUCCUGAGAUCCUCUAUAAAACGAAAAAAAUCAGAGAGCACAGAUAUUAAAACGAGUGGAAAAAAUGAA